UCACAAUGCACCGCUUCAUUAUUUAUUUUGUUAUAGUUGCAUAAUAUUUUAUUUUAUAUUUUUAAGGAAGAGGUUACUUUACCAUAGAGGAUGAAAUAUAUGUUACCUUAUUAUUUAUGACAUAAAAGGUUGAAAGAUGGCAGUGCAAGUGCAAGCGAGGUUUGGAGCAUGGAACAGAAAUAGCAUAGGAAUAGUACGGUGUUCGAGCGAGGGAGAAGAUAAAGUGAAAGUGAAAGAGGCAGUAGUGUGGUCACCAGCGAAAGAAUUGGCUGCGAAAUUUGAACGGCGGCUUCUUGUAGGUAUAGGUUCAGCUUCACUUGUAGCUUUAGGUGCAAAUUUUGGUGGCAUCACAAGUUUUUUGUUAGGUUUGUCUCCAUUGAAUGGUCGUAAGCUGAAGCUAGACGUGCUUUAUCCCAUCGGCGGUUACACCCGUUACAUUGACACUAGGGAGGGGUUCGAAUUCAUAUACCCGGCGAAUUGGGUUGGAGAUCAGACACUGCUGUAUCGAGCGGCUAAAAAAAGAGAAAUGGAACUAUCAUUGGAUCCUCCACCGCUGAAUUUACGGCCACGUUCCAAUGUGACGGAACCAGUUGUUGCAUUUGGUCCCCCGGGUUCCAAUGGUGAGCUCAAUCUUAGUGUUAUUGUUUCGCCAGUUUCUCAAGACUUCUCGAUUGAAGCAUUUGGAAGCCCUCAGGAGGUGGGGGAAGCAGUAAUUCGAACCAUAACAGGAUCAGGGCAGCGCCCGGACUUGAAGGGAACAUUGAUAGAAUCAAGUUUGAGAGAAGAUCCCGCUAGAAAUGCCAAAUACUAUGAGUUAGAAUUCAAAGUUGAGAGCCCCUCUUUCUGGCGACACAAUGUUUGUGUCUGCUGUGCUCGUGGUGGUAGGCUUUUUACGUUAAAUGCCCAGGCACCUGAAUCAGCCUGGCCUGGGUUGAAGUCAGAUUUCUAUACAAUUGCUGAUUCGUUCAAUCUCACAAGUUAGUGAUUCAGGUAAAGUUUUAUAGAGCAGCAGUAGUGGUAGUUCCAUGAGACAGGGCCAGGAGUACAAAUUAAAUAUAUAUCCAAUACGUCGACCUUGUAACACCUUUAUAUUGUUUCCAAAGCUAAAGUUUGUAUUUGCUUGGCCAUGUUUGAUCUAUGUGGGAUACCUGGGCGUUGCCAAUUCUGAACCCCAAACAUUUUUGAAUUUGACUAAAAGAGCAGCACGCACAAAUAGUAAUAAAUUUGUGACUUCAUAUAUAUUUACUAAAUUACAUGUUUCUAUUCCACUUUCUGAAAUAAAAUACAGAUCUGACAUCUCUCA